AUGGUUGACACGAAGACCACUCCGGACUCAAUCAAUGAGCCGGCUUCCGAGGGCAAUACCAUUUACAUCGACCCGGCGAAAGAGAAAGCUGCUUUACGCAAGUUCGAUAAGUACUUACUACCUGUAGCACUGGUGUUCUUGGUUAUGUCAUCUCUUGAUCGAAGCAACAUUGGAAAUGCUCGAGUCUUCGGACUAGAUGAAGAUCUUGGUCUUCACGGAGGUCAAUUCGGUAACAUCAAUACCGUGUUUUUUGUCACCUUCAUUGUCUUCGAGACUCCUUGGGUCAUGGCCGUCAACCGUUUCGGACCAAAUAGGGCUCUUGGCACAGCUUUAGUGCUCUGGAGCAUGGUCACUCUAGGUACCGGAUUCAUUCAGACUUAUGGGCAGGCACUUGCCACCCGUAUCCUCCUAGGAGCUUGUGAGGCUGGUGUUUCUCCUGGAUUUGCGUUCCUGUUUGCGACAAUAUACCCACGAAGCUCCACUGCCAAGCGUAUCAUGAUGGGUAACCUUGCAAAUACGCUGGCGGGGGCCUUCGGCGGCUUGUUCGCGUACGGAGUUCAACAAAUGGGGACGCGACGGGGCCUUCAUGCGUGGAGAUGGCUGUUCAUCAUCGAAGGGUGCGGUACUCUCUUCAUUGGCGGGCUUUGCUGGUUUUUCUUGCCUCGAUCACCUGAAAAUGCAUGGUUUUUGACGGAGGAAGACAAGGAAGUCAUGCGGCUAAGGAAACAGAAGAACGCCACUUUCAGGGGAGAAGAAGAGUUCAGGUCCAAAUAUGUCAAGAUGGCUUUCAAGGACCCAUUUAUCUAUGUGAUGGGUGCCGGGUUCUUCUUCUCAUCUGUCGCUAUCACGGGCUUCAAUGUCUUUUUGCCUACCAUUAUCAAAGGUCUUGGAUACACUUCUCUCCGAGUUAACUAUAUGACGAUCCCAGUCUAUGUUGUCGGUGCGAUUUCAUUGAUCAUUCAAUCAUAUUUCUCAGACAAGUUCCAACAACGAGCUCUCUUUCUUGUCGGCUCUGCAGUCCCCGUCGUGACCGGAUAUCUCAUCUGCGUUGGCACCUCGAGUGGUGCCGCUGGAUACGUUGCUAUGUUUAUUCUCUCGCUGGCCACCAACUUAGUGCCAGAUCAAAAGCGCUCGGUAGCCCUCCCAGUGUUCUACUCAAUUGGCAAUCUCUCUGGAUUGGUCUCAUCGCAGCUAUAUCCGACCCAGACUGGCCCCCGUUAUAUCAUCGGUAAUUCUGUGUCUGCUGGAUUGGAGUGUGUUGCUGCAAGCUUCUUUAUUGCGGGGUGGUUCCUCCUAAGGAGACGGAAUAUGAAGAAAGAGAAGCUCAUUGCUGAAGGUGUGACGACCAAUGGCUUGGAAGGUGACAGAGCUCUAGGCUUUAAAUAUGCGGUACAGCUUGAUGUACUCGUCAACUUUACAUAUGUGGUCCUGAAGACAUCAAUCCCUUGA